AUGGAUUUCAAAAACUUCGUGCAAAUUAUUAACGGCAAGAGCGCCCCGACGGAGAAGACGCGCCAUGGCAUCAAUCCGGCCACCCUCGAGCCAAACGCUGAAGUUCCCGUUGCAACCCAAGAUGACGUGGACCGGGCCGUCACAGCCGCGAAAGCAGCCUUUAAAACAUGGUCCAAGACGCCAUUUGAAAAACGACGCGAGGCAGUGUUAGCUUAUGCCGACGCCGUUGAGUCCCACCUGGAAUCGUUCCACAAGCUGCUCACCGCCGAGAAUGGAAAGCCUACUGUGCAAGCCGCAUUUGAGGCGCAAGGAACCGUCGCAUGGAUUCGAUCUAUCGGAGGACUCGAUCUGCCAGAGGACAUCGUUGAAGAAAACGAGAAGAAGACAACCUACAAGCGGUAUACCCCCCUCGGAGUCGUUGGAGCUAUUGUUCCGUGGAAUGGCCCACUACUGCUGGCUGCGGGAAAGAUAGCACCGGCUGUGCUGACAGGUAAUGUCAUUAUUGUGAAGCCAUCGCCGUUCACCCCGUAUACCGGGCUGAAGCUCGUGGAACUGGCUCAGCAAUUCUUCCCUCCUGGUGUCGUACAAUCACUCAGCGGUGAUGAAAGCCUUGGCCCGUGGAUUACUAGCCACCCAGGUGUCGACAAAAUCAGCUUUACAGGUUCUACCGCCACGGGCAAGGCCAUCAUGCGGAGUGCCAGCGCGACCCUUAAGCGCUUGACUCUAGAGCUAGGUGGCAAUGAUCCGGCUAUCAUCUUCCCGGAUGUAGAUGUCGAGAGCGUCGCUCAACAGAUCGCAGCUUUCGCCUUCAUCAACACUGGGCAGAUCUGCGUGGCCGUGAAGAGAAUCUAUGUCCACGAGGAUAUUUACGCGCCUUUCAAAAAGGCUCUGGUCAAGGCCGCAUCCCAAUACGUCUUCGGUGAUGGCUCCCAGCCCGGGAUCACACACGGCCCACUCCAGAAUCGCAUGCAGUACGACCGGGUCAAGACCUUUUUCGACGAUAUCCCCAAGGAAGGCUGGGAGGUGGCCCUUGGAGGGGAAACAGUCGAUGAGAACCCCAAGAAGGGAUAUUUCAUCAAGCCGACUAUUAUCGAUCGCCCGCCAGAGAAGUCGCGGAUCGUUGUUGAGGAACCGUUCGGUCCUAUCGUGCCACUGCUCACGUGGAAAGACGAGGAGGACGUCAUCAGCCGUGCAAACGACACUGCUGCGGGUCUUGGUGCUUCGGUUUGGUCCAAGGAUGUCAGCAACGCCACGCGUGUCGGCAAGCAGAUCGAAGCCGGAAACGUCUGGAUCAACGGCCACGCCGACUUGUCCCCUAUUGCCACUUUCGGGGGCCACAAGGAGAGCGGUAUCGGAGCUGAGUGGGGGGUUACUGGUCUGAUUGCUUACUGUAACGUGCAGACCCUUGUUGUGAACAAGUGA